UAGCCGCCAUUGUACGAAUAUCGAGUGAUGAGUGGUUUGUCGCGCCUUAUUUACAUAUAUCUCGUUUUUGUAUAUUAAUAAUGAGAUAAAAUGUCCGGACCUCUGCAAUUCAGCUUGUCGAACACCUGAAGCGCGUCGACGAUAAGACGGUGAUAGGAGCUGCACCAAUGUUACGAAGGUAACCUCUUCGCGGACGAUCGGUAGAGACCAACUGCUAGCUACAAUAGCACAGGUAUUUGUGUGUUUUUGGCUCGAACAAACAUCUCACCAGCAGUAUUCGAAUAUGUGAACGAUGAGUAAACGACGAAGAACCAGCUCUAUCACGAGCAAGGGACAGGAGGAUGACUCGUUGGACAGCUUGGAAGCUUCCACCAGCAGUGGUCCUACUAUGAGGAAGAGGAAAAGACAUCAAGAUCCAGUGGAGUUGAUUCAACAACUGUAUGAUGUAGUAAGAAACCAUAAAAAGAAAGAUGGUUCAUUGCUUUGUGACACCUUCAUUCGUAUUCCAAAAAGAAGACAGGAGCCUGGAUACUAUGAGGUGGUCAGCAACCCAAUAGACCUGCUCAGAGUGCAGCAAAAACUCAGAACGGACGAGUAUGAAAAUAUAGAGGAGUUGCAGAAUGACAUUGAGUUACUUGUCAAUAACACAAAGUCCUUCUAUAAGAGGACCUCUCAGGAGCACAAGGAUGCGACUGAGCUGUGGGAUCUGUUCAUAUCCACCAAAAACAAGUUGCGUAGUGCAGAGGAGGAAAAUAAAAAAGGAUCCAAUAACAAGCAAUCUCAGCAACAGCUACCAGCUACAAGAAAUUCUCGUCGUAGUGGCGUUAUAAAAAGUGAUCAGAAAAAUCAUCAAAAUCAUGACACGCACGAUGACGAUGAAGACGAGGAUGAAGAGGAUGAGAAACCGUUAGAAAACAAGAAAGAACCUAGCACCCCCGCCAAAAAGAGCGGCAAAAAACGUACUCCGUUCGAAGAGCUCUACACAGCUGUGAUGUCCGCCAAAGACGAGCAUCACAAACCGCUUCACCAUCCGUUCAAGUUGCUUCCCUCCAAGAAGGAGUAUCCAGAGUACUAUGAGGUGGUCGAACAACCCAUCGAUUUGAAGAUGAUACUGGCUAAAGUUCAUGGGAACAAGUACAAUCACUUGGUGGAGAUGGAGCGGGACUUGUUGCUGAUGUGCAAGAAUACGUGUCUCUUCAACGAGCCGGGAAGUAAUAUUUAUAAGCAGGCUAAGGCGCUUAGGAAGUUCGUCCAGAUAAAACGUCUCGAGAUCGACCCGACAGGCCCGAUAAUCGGCCAGCCCCUCUUACCGCACCAUCAGAAAAUGCUCGGCCUUUCGCCGUCAGGCAACAAGACCACUCCGGCGCCAAGCAGCGGUAGAAGCAGCAGAUCACGGCCUGCGGGAUUGUCGCAAACCACCCCCGGUAGACGGACGCCCACGUCGCCAGCUACGAAAUCUACUAGAGGAAGUACGCCUGUUACCGCUGAGGAUACACCGUCAACGCCUGUUAACACUCACAGUAAUCGUCGAUCGGGUGCUGUCAACACACCAUCAUUAUCCACUCCUCAUCCGCCUACGACGAAUUCGACAUCUUUUUCAACACCUUCACCUGCUUCUUCGGUGGGGCGGUCGCCGCAACUGCAGCAUCUCGGACAGGGGGUGUUCGCCCCAUCUCCACAGAAUGCUGAAGAUCCCCAGUGGAGGCUAUUCGAUACUGUGCAGACUGUUACCGGUAGCAAUGGGGUACCUCUAUCGGUUCCGUUUUGGAAGCUGCCGUCAAGGAAGACGUAUCCGGACUAUUACAAGGAAAUAAAGAACCCCAUGUCUCUAGGCCAGAUCAAGAGGAAACUGAUGAAUAAAGGAUACGGCAAUUUGAGUGAGGACGCGGUCAAAUUGCAGAAGCUGAUGCAGAUGAAGGUUCAAGAACUACUUGACAUUGAUCAGGAGUUGGUGAGCGGUGCAACCCCAGAAGUAGUGAGACGGAAACCUGGACCUAAACCUAAGACUCCAGGUAGUCCUGAGCAGAAGGCUCCUAGAGGAAGACCGCCAAAGUUACCUUUGAAGCAACGGUUGACAAUCCUUGCCAAGUAUAUGCUUGACUACACGUGUGAAGACGGUCGCAAACCGAUGCUAGCCUUCAUGGAAAAACCCUCGAAGAAAUUGUAUCCGGAAUACUACGAAGUCAUAGCCGAACCGAUCGACUUCCUAGAGAUCGAAGCUAAGAUCAAGGCAGAACAGUACAGCUGCGAAGCAGAUCUUGUAAAGGACUUCCGACUAAUGUUCAGUAACUGUCGACAGUUUAACGAGGAAAACUCGCCGAUUUUUGAAGAUGCGAAUCGAUUGGAGAAGUACCUGGACGUGAAGGUGAUCAAGCCGGUGAAGCCACGGUUGGGGCCCGGGCCUGGCAGGCCGCCUGGGAGCUGCAAUCGGUCGCCUGAUGGGACUUUUAGGAGAGCUAAGGAUUCACCUAGAGUUUACAAACCCCGUAAGCUGAUAUGCAACCAAGAACGUUACCUAAAAACCCUAUAUGACACAAUCAAAGACUAUCGGGAACCUAAAGACAAUAGACAACUAUCUUUGAUCUUCAUGAAGCUACCUUCGAAGAUUGACUAUCCUGACUACUACGAGGUGAUCAAGGAACCUAUCGACAUGGAGCGCUUAUCUUUUAAGCUAAAAACGAAUCAGUACGAGACUUUGGACGAUUUGGUGGCGGAUUUUACGCUAAUGUUCGACAACGCGUGCAAGUUCAACGAGCCUGAUUCGCAGAUUUACAAGGACGCGUUAGUGCUGCAGAGCGUCUGCAUGCAGACGAAAGUUCAGCUGAAAAGCGUGGACGAUGACGUAGCGCCUGAUGUUCAAGCUGCUGUUCAGGAUAUCCUUCUGACUCUUUUCACCACCGUGUACAACCACCAGGAUGACGAUGGCAGGUGUUAUUCAGAUUCUAUGGCGGAGUUGCCUGAACACGAGGAAGUCGACGGCAGAAAAGUUCGAGCGCUAUCCUUGGAUCUGAUCAAGCGGCGUCUGCAGAAGGGCGUGUACAAACGACUGGACGUGUUCCAAGAGGAUUUUUUCGCGUGCAUGGAGCGUGCGCGUCAACACAGCCGUACGGACUCUCAACUGUUCGAAGAUGCCACCGAGAUGCAGCUGUAUUUUAUAAGUCAGAGAGAUUCACUGUGCAAGAAUGGAGAAUUGCUUUCGUCGACGGCGCUCUCUUAUACUGCUGAAGACCUCAAGGCUAAGGUGGAGCAACUAAGGCAAAGCAAACACCUGAAAGAAUCCCUGGAAGAAGAUGCUAGCGAAACCCGCAGUUCCGACGACUCUACAGUCGUGAUGGGCCCUGCGCUUACCAAGGGUGAACCGGCUGAAGGCGCCGAAGGGGGUCCGCCUCCUGCUGAAGGGGGCGAGGAGGGGAAAGCACCUGAGGGGGCAGAAGGAGCACCCGAGAGUGCAGAAGGGACGCCAGAAGCUUCCAAGACCGACACCGAUGCUUCCAAGGAUGCCACAGAUACCAUCAAGUCAAAGGGCAGUGAUCAAACUGAGGAGAUGACUACUUGUAAGGAGGAUGGGGAGAGGACGUUCAAGGUUGGGGAGUUCGUGUAUUUAGAAGCGAAGGAAAAAGGUUGUGAACCGCACAUAGUGUGCAUAGAACGUUUUUUCGAAAAUGCCGGCAAGAAGAUGAUGUACGGAAACUAUUACCUAAGACCAGCCGAAACUUUCCAUCUGUCGACGAGGAAGUUUUUAGAGAGGGAGGUGUUCAAGUCAGAGAAGCAUGUCACUGUCCCAUUAGAGGAGAUCAAAUCAAAGUGCUGCGUGGUCAAUGUCAAACAGUACUAUAUCAUGAUGCCAGAGGGUUUUGAAGACAAAGACGUUUACGUGUGUGAAUCUCGAUAUUCAGUGCGAAAUCGUAACUUCAAGAAGAUCAAGAUUUACCCUGAAAACCCGACAAUCAAGUUGGUACCUAGAGAAACGCCUUUGGAACCGAAGAGGGUGAUGUCAGUAUUCCGGGAAAGGGUGGAAAAACACAAGGACGAGCUUGCUGAACUUGAGGAACAGGAGCAGCUUAUCCAGAAGGAGAAACCGAAUAUUCCGGUACCAGCGGGUAUGUCAAUAGACGACGGCAACACGUACUAUGAACAGUUCAACACGAUUUGUUCGGGCGUGGUUAAGACUGGCGACUUUGUGUAUGUUGUGGCUGAGGGAGGAAAGCAGAUCAUUGCUCAAAUUGAUCAUAUCUGGGAGACCAAGGAUGGCAAGUGCUAUUUCCGCGGACCCUGGUUCAUCACCCCCUCGGACAUUCCUCCAACUCCCGGCAAGCUCUUCUACCGCCAAGAGGUCUUCCUGUCGACACUAGAAGAUGUCAACCCCAUUGUCAGUAUUAUUGGCAGGUGCCAUGUGAUGGAGUAUAAUGAUUACAUAAUGUACCGGCCUACGGAGAUCCCAGAGGCGGACGUGUAUAUAUGCACGUCGAUGUACGAUGAGAUCAACAGGCAGAUCAGGAGGUUGUCCCAAGAGGGUUUGCGCAAGUACCAGCACGACCCGGAGGUCGCGCAGGAUGAGCUCUACUUCUUCCCGAGGAUACUUAACCCUCCAAAGGUAGGACUUGGCUUAAAUAUACAUACAUGGUGUCAUGAAACUUGGACUUUCCUUUAUAGUCAGUCAAUUAAUCCGUUUUCUUAG